ACAACUCAAUUCGCUGUUCUAAUAAUAAUGAAUACAAAAACCAACGAUCGUCUGCUGAAGACUUCAGUUGUUCAACAAGCUUCCACGGCCCCAGCAUGUUAAAAUACCUAAUAAUACUGUCAUUGGCUUGUGCCUGUGCUUUCGGUGCAGCCGUGCCUCAGGGCAUGCUGCCACAAUUGGAUGGACGCAUUGUGGGCGGUAGCUUUACCACAAUUAGCUCCUUCCCCUGGCAAAUCUCAUUGCAACGCAGUGGCUCACACUCCUGUGGUGGUUCUAUUUAUUCGGCCAAUGUCAUUGUAACCGCUGCCCAUUGUUUGCAAAACGUUGCAUCGAUAUCUGUGCUCAAGGUACGUGCUGGUUCUUCGUAUUGGACCUCUGGUGGUGUUCUGUUGUCCGUUGCUGCAUUUAAAAAUCAUGAAGGCUAUAACCCCUCAACCAUGGUUAAUGAUAUUGCUGUUAUACGUCUAUCCUCCUCGCUGACCAUGAGCUCUACGAUUCGCCCAAUUGCAUUGGCCACAACUGCCCCGGUCAAUGGAGCUGAGGCCACAGUUUCUGGUUGGGGUACCGUAGAAUCCGGUUCCAAUUCUUUGCCCACCCAGUUGAAAUAUAUUGAUUUGAAAAUUGUUGGCCGUACUCAGUGCUCUUCAGCCACUUAUGGUUAUGGCGCCGAAAUCAAAGCUACCAUGAUCUGUGCAGCUGCUGCGGGUAAAGAUUCAUGUCAGGGCGAUUCUGGUGGUCCAUUGGUGUCUGGUGGUCUUUUGGUUGGUGUUGUGUCCUGGGGUUAUGGCUGUGCCUAUGCCAACUAUCCUGGCGUCUAUGCUGAUGUUGCUGCCCUACGUAGCUGGGUUGUUGAAGCUGCUGAAAGUGUAUAAUGAUUUUUGGAAAUACGAUAAGGAAUAUAGAAGAUAUUUAGAAAUGUACAUACAAUAUACAUACCUACAUA